AUGGCUGACCGCUACUCUUUCUCCCUGACCACUUUCUCGCCCAGCGGAAAGCUGGUGCAGAUCGAAUAUGCUCUGAAUGCAGUAAACCAGGGUGUCACGGCCCUCGGUAUCAAAGCCACCAAUGGAAUUGUGCUCGCAACGGAGAAGAAGUCAUCAUCGCCUCUCAUCGAUCCCCCCUCCCUCUCGAAGAUUUCUCUCAUCACUCCCGAUAUCGGCAUGGUCUACGCUGGCAUGGGUCCUGAUUACCGCGUGCUGGUGGACAAAGCCCGCAAAGUCUCGCACACCGGCUACAAGCGCAUUUACAACGAAUACCCCCCGACCCGGAUCUUAGUGCAGGAUGUCGCCCGAGUAGUGCAGGAGGCUACACAAUCUGGUGGUGUCCGGCCAUACGGUGUCAGUCUGCUCAUCGCUGGAUGGGAUGAAGGUGUGGAGCCAGUAACGGAAGAGGCUGUGAAGGAUAAGGACUCCGAGGAAAAGCCAACUGGAAAGACCGGUGGUAUCCUCAAAGGAGGCCCUAGCUUGUACCAGGUUGAUCCCAGUGGUAGCUAUUACCCCUGGAAGGCCACAGCCAUCGGCAAGCAUGCAACCAGCGCCAAGACUUUCUUGGAAAAGCGAUACACAGAGGGCCUCGAGUUGGAAGAUGCGAUCCACAUCGCACUAUUGACACUCAAGGAGACUAUUGAGGGUGAAAUGAACGGGGACACAAUAGAGAUCGGCAUCGUUGGCCCUCCAGCGGACCAUUUGCUGGGUUAUGAGGGUGUUGAAGGAGCGCAAGGCCCACGAUUCCGGAAAUUGACCAAAGAACAGAUCGAGGACUACCUGACCAACCUAUGA